GUAAAAUAUCAUCUGCGUCUUAUUAGAGUACAGAGGACCAUCUGGUGGCCAGAGAAGACAGACUGGAAAGGAACUUUUCUUUUUCCUUCUCGUCCUGCUAAAGGACCCAGCAGUCCAAGUCAUCCUGAUGGAGGAAGUCCUGGGUACAUCAAAGAAGGGUUCCUUGCUGUGCAGCAUGCCUUAGAUAAGGCCAUCAUGCUGCAUCAUGAGAGCAGUACUGGACAAAAGCUAUUUGAUGGUAUUAGCAUCUUUAUACAGAGAUUUCCACAUCCAGCUUAUCUUCAUGAUGGAUUACUUUGGAUCUCUAGUGGUUUCUUCCCUUUGAUAUUCAUCCUCAUGUUCUCUCCAAUUGUACUUUCCAUGAUGCGAUCCAUUGUAUGGGAAAAGGAAAAAAGAUUGAAGGAAUACCAGCUCAUAAUUGGACUUAGAAACUGGAUCAUCUGGGCUGGAUAUUUCUUCACAUUCUUCCCUUUAUAUAUCAUUAUUAUAUCUUUGAUAUGUGUAUUAUUCUUUAUUUUCAAAGAACCAAUCUUGCGCUAUAGUGACUGUAGUUUUCUCUUUGUCUUUCUUAUGUGUUAUGCCGUCGCUUCAAUAUUCUUUGCCUUUAUGGUUAGCACAUUUUUCAAUAAAGCCCAUUUGGCCGCUUCUGCUGGAAACCUCCUAUUUUUUGCCAGUUUCUUUCCAUUUAAUUUCCUUGCUCAACACUAUGGAAAGAUAACCCUUGCUAACAAGAUGGCUGCCUGUCUGAGCUCAAAUGUUGCACUGGCACUAGGGAUUAAUCUUCUGAUCAAGUUGGAAAUAAAAGAAAUUGGGGUUAAAUGGCAUAACCUUUGGACACCAGCCAAUCUUGAGGAUAAUCUCAUUUUUGGCUAUAUGUUUGGAAUGCUUUUACUUGAUGCUUUCUUAUACGGCCUUGUUACCUGGUAUGUAGAAACUGUCUUUCCUGGGCAGUAUGGUGUGCCCCGACCAUGGUACUUUUUCCUUAUGCGCUCAUACUGGUUUGGCAAACCAAGAAUUAAAAAUAAAAAAGAAGACAUUCAAGACAAUGAAGUAACUCAAAGCAACUGUUUUGAGGCUGAACCUACUGACUUGGUAGCAGGUAUCCAGAUCAAACAUUUGCACAAGGACUUCAGACACAAAGCAGCAGUAAACAACUUGUCCUUGAAUGCAUAUGAGGGGCAGGUCACUAUUCUUCUGGGGCAUAAUGGAGCAGGAAAGACCACAACCUUGUCUGUUCUUACAGGUCGUUAUCCUCCUACCAGAGGAGAGGCCUAUAUUAAUGGAUAUGACAUUUCAAAUAACAUGAUUGAGAUUCGAAAACACUUAGGCUUCUGCCCUCAGCAUGACAUAUUAUUUGAUGAGUUGACUCUAUCAGAACACCUCUUUUUCUACUCGGUGAUAAAAGGAAUAUCUCAAAAGAUACAUCAUACAGAAAUAUACGAUAUGCUGACUGUUUUUGACCUGCUAGAAAAUCUCCAUACAUUUUCAGGCUCACUGAGUGGAGGAGUGAAGCGCAAACUCUCCAUCAUUAUAGCACUGAUAGGGGGCUCCAAGGUAGUGAUACUGGAUGAACCAUCAUCUGGCAUGGACCCAGUCUCAAGGAGAGUCACCUGGGAACUUCUUCAGCAUUAUAAAAAGAAUCGUGCCAUCUUACUGACAACCCACUACAUGGAUGAAGCUGACAUCUUGGGUGACCGCGUUGCCAUCAUGGUCAGGGGCACCCUGCAGUGCUGUGGCUCUUCAGUCUUCCUGAAACAAAUAUAUGGUGCUGGAUAUCACAUAGUCAUGGAGAGGGAGCCACACUGUGAUGUUGAAAAGAUCUCUGCAAUGAUUAAGUCUCAGGUUCCAAGUGCCACAUUGGAGAAAAACAUUGGAGGUGAAUUAUCAUUUAUCCUACCCAAAAAGUAUACACAAAG